CUGCCGGUUUGUAUACUACUGGAAAACAGAAAAAUGGGCGAAAAAGCUGGAUUUAUGUUUAUAAGCUUUCUACAACUUAUUCUAUACUGUGAAAGCACCGAUGUAGUCUUAUCAACUGACCGUACCUUUGUGACGGAAAAUUACACGAUGACAUUCACAUGUUCGACAAUGAAUAAUGACAGUGUUAUAAACAUCGAUUUAAUUCAAAACGAGGCAAUCAUUUCGAAGAUGGGCUACCAAGACAGUGCAUGCAAGAUCAUAGUUUUUAGCAAUACCAUGACCAACUGCUCCUGUGUGAACCUCAACACGUACACGUGCACCACAGACCCUAUGACAAGGUUAAACAACACUGAUUUGUGGACAUGCAAUGCUACUGUGGAAGGUUUGGUGUUCCAAAGCAAUAUCGUAUCUAUCGAUGUUAGAGUUCCAAUCGUAUCGGUAAUCAUCAGUCCAGACUCGGACAAGUACAUGACAUUAAACGAAGAGGACGAACUGUUGCUCACUUGUGAGGCAUCUUAUGGAAUGCCUGCUGCAAACAUAACGUGGUUCAUGAACAAUAAAACAACGGAUUUCAACGGAAGUUUCAUUAUUUCAAAUUCGUCAAUAAUAAACGUUACGGAAAAUGAGGAUGGAACAAAAAAAACACAAAGUACUCUGACAUACAGUGUUGGGAGAAAAGAUCACGGCAUGGAAGUGUAUUGCAAUGCAAUGCAAUCAGCAAUGUGUCUUGGUUUGCUGGUGAAUGGAAUGAAUCGACGUGUACCUGCAACGCCUCUCACGCCCUUGGAUGGAAUCAGUCGCAAGCAGUGUCCGUUCACGUCCUAUGUAAGUAAUCUGAUAGAUUGA